AAAUCAGCAAAUCCACUAGGCUAACUGCAUAUGUUACGUCUUCGGAAGAGCGCAGUAAGACAUAUUCACGAAGCAAUUAGGCAGAAUUCCACGACCUUGAAAUCGCGAUGACUGGUAAAUGUAUGACAUGACACACCAUCAUAAGUUCGCCGCGGUUUUUAACAGGAUUCAAUGGAUGAGCAGUACGACAUUAUUGUUUUGGGUACUGGUCUUAAGGAAUGUAUACUCAGUGGUUUGAUGUCGGUUGAGGGAAGAAGGUUUUGCAUAUGGACAGGAAUAACUACUAUGGUGCUGAGACUACUUCCAUAACUCCUCUCGAAGGUCUAUUUGAAAAGUUCAAUGUGAAAGCUGACCUUCAGGCUUUUGGCCGUGGGAGAGAUUGGAAUGUGGAUCUUAUCCCGAAGUUCCUGAUGGCUGAUGGAAAGCUAGUGAAAUUGCUUGUUCAUACCGGUGUCACCAAGUAUCUGGAAUUCAAAAGUAUUGAGGAAAGCUACGUUUAUGAUAAGAAGGCAAUACACAAAGUUCCUAGCAAUGCAAGUGAAGCGCUCACUACAAGUUUGGUUUCGUUGUUUGAAAAGAGAAGAUUAAGAAAUCUCCUGCAAUGGGUAGUGGACGUUGACCCUCAAAAUCCCUCGACUUGGAGUAAUGUUUAUCCUCACCCUAAAAGUGUCAUGAGAGAUUCAAUCGAAGUGGCUUUUCAACAUUUUGGUGUUGAUGAAACAACCAAGAAUUUCGUCGGUCAUGCCGUUUGCUUGUAUACAGACGAUUCGUAUAAACAGAAAGCACCGGCCAUAGAGGUUAUUACCAAAAUGCAGUUGUACAAUCACUCAGUCAACCGAUUUGGAAAGUCUCCAUACCUUUAUCCUCUUUAUGGUUUGGGAGAACUGCCUCAAUCAUUUGCUCGACUGAGCGCAGUGUAUGGAGGUACAUAUAUGUUAAACAAACCAGUAGACGAAAUUGUGAUGGAAAAUGGCAAAGUUGUUGGCGUAAAAUCUGAAGGUGAGGUCGCACGCUGUGACAAAGUAAUAUGUGAUCCUAGCUAUGCACCAGAUCGUGUUCGAAAAUGUGGUCAGGUUGUUCGUGCUAUAUGCAUUUUGAAUCAUCCCAUUCCAAAUGUAAAAAAUGCUCUUUCAUCACAAAUAAUCAUUCCUCAAAAUCAAGUUGGUCGACAUCAUGAUAUAUACGUCUCUUGUGUUUCCCACCCACAUUACGUUUGUCCGGAGAAAUUCUUUAUUGUUCUUGUGGCAACGACUGUAGAAACAUCAAAUCCACAUCAAGAACUUCAACCUGGAUUACAGUUGCUUGGACGUAUUGAGCAUAUAUUUUAUUCAGUAGCAGAUUUAUUUGAACCUAUCGACGAUGGUAAAUCAAGCAAUAUAUAUAUUUCAAAGAGUUAUGAUGCCUCAACGCAUUUUGAAAGUACAUGCACAGAUGUAUUAGAAAUGUAUGAAAGAAUAACUGGUCAUCCAUUUGACUUUAGUAAAGUCACACGAAAUCUAGAAGAUGAAUAAUUAAACACCUUUUUAAUUAUCAAUCAUAAUAUUCUUUUCUUUAAAAAAAUAUACAAAUAUUAAUUAAUCAUGGGUAAUAUAUAAUAUUCAUUCUCUCAUAUAUAUAUACAUACACACUUUGUUCCCAUCUAUACUAAUUUGUCACAGUCAUAUAUGAGAAUAGUGUCUCAUCUCUCCCAUCUUCCGUUCAUACGUAAUUACUUUGCAUCCAUUCCAAUUGUUGUUGUCGAUGUUUUUUUUAUUCUCAUCUAACGUCGACUACUAUCCGGUUUAAUUAUGGCCGUCUUUGUCCUGUAAUCUCUUUCUCUCCCUCUCUCUCUCAAUCAAUCAAUUGCUUUCCUUAUCUAUCUAUCCAUAAUUUAAACCGGUUUUUCUAAUCUUGACACCCACAACUGUGUUGUACUCUUACUCUUUCCUUUCUUCCUCACUCUCUCUCUCCAGCUCGCGCGCCCUAAAGGCCACUUCCCCUUUUUCCUGUUCUAAUUGUUGUCUUCAUAUAUCGUUGUUGUGUGUGUGUGAUAUUCUCAUUCUCUGGAGGAAAAUUUUUAACUCAUAGUGAUGAGAUCAUUUUGUUUGUAUUCUACAACUAAUUCGAUAGUGAGUGUGAUAUUAUGACUUUGUUCAAAAAAUGUUUUGGUAUACUUAUGCCACAAAUUAAAACAAAAUGUGUUGUUUGUUCGAAUAAAAGGUUGAAUAUUCAGCUAUCCUAGCUCUUAACGUUUCGAUCGAUAGCAGUUGCUACCAUGCCAUGAAGGUUGUCUGAGUGACGAUAGUGUAGAUUGUUUACACUACGACUUCAGGGGAUCCGUGGGCGAAGUCUUAAUGCUUGCGAAUAGGAAUGUAACAGCAGCAAGGUGUUUUUACCUCAGAUGACCAGUUAUGCUGCCUCUCCGAUCUGGGGAGGAGAGGUUAAAAAGGUCGGUCUCGAAAAUUGUACAUCCCGACUUAUCUUGUGACUGUCGUCCAUAGCCGAUGGUAGGAUCUUAGUACGGAUACAAUUCCAAAAUCGACUUCGAACAGGCCGUAUGUAACCGACCUCAAGCAGAUGUCCCUCAAACUCUACAGUCACAGAUGACUAAUACUUCUGUUUCAGACACUCCAAGAAGAAGCCAACCUCCGUAGUAUGGGCAGCCGGGAAGUAAUCACCACCUACAACACACUUCCAUAAGCUUAAACUGUGUAUGCUGAUAAAUUAAAAAAAGCAACUAGUUAGAUAUUGCUGCUGUACUUACUAUCUGGAUUAGCUUACAAGCCUAGAUUUUGCCUUAAUCUCGUCAAGUUUGUCUGGAUCUGUGUAAUUUGGCGGUCACUAGUGUAACUUUCAAAGAAACGGCCACAAAGAGAAGACAGAUUAACCUUCAGCAGGAAAACAACCAAUCAGAAGACAUUUACUCUCUGCUAACAAUAACGAAUAAU